AUGUCCUACCCGUGCCCGACAUCCUCGCAGAAGGGCGAGGUGGUCGGUGAUGCGUGCGGAGGGAAGAACCCGACCUCGCUUUCCCUGGACGUGCCGUCGCCGGAGCACGCGUGGACAGGGGUGGGGCCGGCCCAUACGCUGGACGACACCUCGGCGGGUCUCUCUCUGGGCGCGGCGACGGCGCCGGUCGCCUUUUUGCGUCCCCCCAACGCCGCCGCGGGCCGCCCCCUGCCGUCCUUUGCAGCGCUUCUGCCGACGCGGCGAUCUCCGCUGUCGGUGGACGUGACGAGCAGCGGCAGCGCUGCGCACGAGCCGAGGCAGAAGAAGCGCGACCAGGCAACAGUUACAGCGCAGCUCGCGCCUCUGCACCUGAUAUCCAAGCCCUCCUUCCCCAGCGUUCCUGGGUCGGGGGCAACGACCCAAGGCUGCGGUGAGGGUCAUGAAGAUGCCGUAGCUUCUUGUGUGGCUCACCGGCAGGCCCACCGCACUCACCUGGCCGUUUCUCCUUUGAACAGUCCACUGUUCGUCCCCUCUACCGCGUCCAAGAGUCGCAGCCGCAACAAGCACGGGCUCGCAGACUCGAUGUCGUUUCCGCAGAGAGCGGAGUCGCCGGUGGCCUACUCCUUCACCGACCUCUUUGUCGGCUUGGAGCGCCCGCGCCUAUAUGGCCGCCGACAGCGGGAGAGACUUCAGCAUCACCGCCACCACGGUCGCACACAUGCAGAUGACGUCGUUGAUGUAGAUGGCCAAGCGUCGUCGAGCUCCUUCCUCUCUUCGUCGUCCUUAUCGCUGGAUCAUAUAAGCUCCAUCGGUCGCCAUGAUGGCGCCUUCUCCGGCGAGAACACAACCAAAGACGACGACGGUGCCAAUACCCCUACUGUCUAUUGUAGCCCUCAGCUACCGCACUGGUGGCGCAGCAUCGUGACCCCAGUCCCAGGCACCCGCGUGUCUCUGAGACCUGACACGUGCCGCCUCGAGUUUUGGUGGAUUGAUCGACUCGGCAGCGAAGCGUACGAAAUUAUCCGCAUCGUCCUGAAGCACUCCCUGGAGGGGGUCGUGCUGCGCCGCAGCGGCAAGGCCGCCGUCGUUGUUGAAUUUCGGAUUUCGUCCAAGCUGUUAAAAUCCACCGACUACGUUGUCACGCGGCGAUCGCGCGAGCAGCGCGAUGGGUCACCGAGUCCUGCGACAGAUGCGAACACGAGUGAGUCGCCCAGCGUGCUCUUCAUGGAUAGUGUUUGCUCCCAGACGGUCUGCGCAGCAGAAGCCGCCACGGUUGUCCAACACAGUCCCUCUCCGACUCCCUUCACCAGCAGCGCACCCCUCGACACGAGCACCGUCACUCUCGGGCCCGUCGGAAACCAACGCACACGCAGUGGUAACCGCGGCAGCAAAGCAGAGUGCAGACGAAUAGAGUCGGCGGAACCGGCGGCCAGUGUGGCCAACGCCACCACCGCCACCGCAACGACAACGGUCACGACGACCAUAACGACGAUUGCAGGGGGGACAAGCAGCCAACUCACAUCACCGUUGUGCUUUCCUGUGUCGCCGAGACGAGCCACCGCGGAGCGAGUCCCUGAGGGCGAGGACGAGACCACCCCCUCCACGCAGGCACCUGUGUGCACACCAUCCCCACGCUCUCCUUCCAUGCAUCUCCAGCAACCCCAGCAGUCAGAGGCGACAGGACCCUCCACCACCCUCUUACCCAGCGCACACCUCUCCCUCUCCUUCACAGGCGACAGCACCGCUGGCAAGAUGACAAGAGUGAUGGCUGCUGAGCGCAUCGGCGGAAAUGGUGAGGAAGAGGUCGAUGCAACCUCGGUAAAUGGCGGCGGCGGUGGCGAGAGCACCCGCUCCUUGGCGUCCACAAACGUGACGACGAACCCGAACGGAAGCCUCAGCAACGUCCUCGCGACGGCUAUGCCGCCUGUGCGGCACCUCAUCCAAGGUAGCCCCCCCGCGACGAAGCUAGAUGAGGCACACGACAUGAACAUUAUUGGUGGUGCCGAUGAUGAUGUGGCCAGCAGGGAACCGGGGUCCCCCAUUGGCACUCAAGGGAAUCCGUGCACCCUGUCUCAUCGGUGCUCCUCUCCACCGCCGCAGUCACCGUGCGACAAGCUCGCUCUUACGGUCAAGGUGAGCCCUAUGACCACGAACGGCGUGGAGUCGGAGAGCUUGUACAACCACAUCGGCAACCGCAGCGGUGGUGUUGCCACUGCUGGCGGCGGUGAGGGGAUGUUUCUCGUCCACAUCGAGUCACACAGCAAAUCGAAAACAGCCAACAUGAAUCAGCAGAGAAGCGGAAGCCCCGUCGUCGCUCCGCCUGCUACACUCGCGUCCAAUCCGCUGCUCUCCGUCAGCGGCCACCGCUACCCUGCGCUGCACGGCAGCUUCAUAAGCGACUGGCAGCACGACAGCGGGCGAUCGCAGCAACCGCCCCACCAGGAUCUGCUGGGAAGCCCCAUCAGCGCUGCCAACUCGUACUCCGACACAAUAGCAAAGGUGGCUGCUGCCGCCGCAGAGGCUGCGCGCUUGGAGGACGCCACUGUUCCGACUACAGCAGCUGUAGCGGCUCCCUCACAGCAGCGGCGGCCGACCCCUUUGGACACCUCGCAGCACGUCAUGGCCGAGGACGACGACUCCGUCGUGGCAAUCCUCACCCUGCCAAUCGCUAUGUGCACCCCCAUCGUCGUGGUGCGCCUCCAUGCGAUGCACAUCCUGCACCCCCUUCUGCGCGCCAUGACUCUCUUGGACAGCCCUGCCUUCUCGGCCAGCAUAUCGGGUGAUUACCGCUACUCAGAUAACAUGGAUACGGAGAGCACCGACGAGGCGCUGGUGACCGCAGUGCGGCUGUCGAACGUGACACCGGCGUCCUCGUCGGCAAGGGAUGCGAGCAGCCCCGACUACGCUGGGGCCGUUCGCAUCGUUAGCGAAGCGAUCGAAUUGCUCAAGCAGGAGAAGAGCAUGGAGGAGGCGCCACCGAUGACGACUACCCCAAACGGCCGCGCACCGACGCGUGCCCGAGACCUCUCUAUCCUCUACACAGUCCGAAGCCAUCUUCUCUUCCACGCCUCGCUGACAUGCCUCCAUGACAGCCUGCACGAUGCCGAGGCGGCAAUACGGUGCUGUCCCGCCAGGGAUCAUAUCAACGCCACCUACGAGGUGCUCACUGCAAACCUAAUUAGCUUCGGCUACAUAUCGCAGGUGGAGGACCUGGCCGGGUUUUUGCGGCAUCGCCGGCGUGCCGUGUCGCCGCUGCUCCUUCGCCUCGGUCGCGUCACGCAGGUAAUGGUGUCGUACGCGUCUAUCUUUCUGCGCCAGCAGCUCCCGACCUCUACGCUGUGCUUGUGCGUCGGGGGGGAUGCGGGUACGAUGCAGUACAGCAGCACCAUCAUGGAAAACGCGUCGCUCUCGCCUCACUCGCCCGAAGAAGGUGGUGUGCUGCACUGUCCUCUCGGAGACUCUCCCAACGCUGCUGGAAUAGUGAAUCCCGCGUCGACUGGUCAGCCUCGCAUUCCCUCACUCCAUCCGACUCCACAACCGACGGAGCACAUCAGCUUCUCUCUCAGUCACCGUGUCGACGGACUGUCGUCGCGCGCUGAUACAGCUUCCAACACCGCCACGCCCCUCCAGACACACACGCUGCCGUGCGAAGUGUGCCCGCUGCUUUUCGGUCGCAACGGCAGGACCCUGCAUGCUGCCGACGAGCCGCCGCGGCGGCCGCCUCUGUCCGUGUCCGCCGCAGGCGCCGACAGCAUCAGCGCAGGCCUGGCACAGCACCACCGCUCCCCAACAACCCCGCGCCCGCGAUCGCCGUUUUGUGGUCUCCUUCAGCCCGGCUAUCCCUUCCGCCCGGGCACCGAUGUGUGCCACCGCCGCCUGUUCCUCCUUGAGACCCUCCUCCCCAGCAUGAACCCAACGCCGGUAAGUCGGCUACCGCUUUUCGUGUCGCGCGGGUACUGCGGCGCGACGGGGCGGCGAAGCCUGCAUCCGAUCAGCCAGCCAAGCAGCACCAGGGCAACGAUCAGCGGCGGCAACAACAAUGCCACCCCCUCUAGCGUCGUCAUUGUCCAGAGAACCAUGUCAAAGCGGAGGGUGAGGGCAGAAGACUUCAUGCAUGAUCGGGACUCCAUGUUGGCCCUCUUGGCUGCCACGGCCGACACGACGACGCGGUGGGGCACGGUGCCGAUUGAGUACUUCUGCCGCCACAUCCGCCUCUCCGCCACCCGCCGCAUUCAGAAAGGUGAGGCCGUCUUGAUGGAACGCCCAGCCGUUCUGAUGCCCUUCUGGCCACUUCCCUCGCCGCGAUCGGCGUCGGCGUCUACCACUGCCACGACGCUCCGUGGCAACAACGGCACCAGCGCCGGGGUGAGCAACAGGUCUGUCAACGUCCCAUCAGUACCGUCAUGCUGCGCGCAGUGUGGACGACAACGACUAGCAAAACCUGUGAACUGCCCUGGCGGCUGUCACUCCGUCUACUGCUCCGAGCAGUGUCAACAACUAGCCCUGCGGCUGUAUCACGUGGUGGAGUGCGGCGGCGUUCCACCAGACCCCAACAAUGCGCACGGUCUCGAGCCUGGCGACGACGUAGGAGCACGAGUGCGACGCGCAGUGACGGCGUUGCAGGGCGUUUUCUCCGACUGGAAUAGCUACUUGCAUCAGUUCGUUCCCUACGACACCCCGAGCACCCGCCUCACGACCCCACACACCGCGGGCUCGCCAGGGAUGGCGCCCGUGUCACCAUCAUCAGUAGGUGAAAUGCCAGGACAUGAUGCAUCACAGCACCAGUCUGGCGAUGCGAAGGGUAAGACCGUUGGGCAGGCAAAAAGGAGCUGCGUGCCACUGUCAAUCUUGGUUGUCACGGCGAUGCGAGUGGUGGCGCGGCUUGGGGCGAUGCUGCUGAGUUUGGCGCUGCCGCUGGAACUUCUACCGCAAAUGCAGAGCCACCCAGCGUGGACAGCAGAGCGGCACGCGAUGAUACGCGCUGUGGCUCGCACGCUGCGUCAACGCGGACUGAUGGUGCCGGCGACAACGACGUCCGCUGUGCCCGGAGUCAACGCAUACUGCACCUAUGUGGACCCUCAUCGACUCCUGCUGCUUGAGGUGCUGCUACAACAGCUCUCCGUCCCCUUCUUCGCCGACUUCAACUACAGCGCUUCGUCCACCCUCUGGGAGGGACUGCGUCAAAUCCCAUGCGAGGUAGCGCGUAGCUCUGGCAAUCCGGUCGCUGCAACCGGUCCUGAGAAGCCGGUGGCCAGCCCAGUGGACGGCUCGCGACCGGACAUGUUCCCCAACCCACCCUUCCCCCAUGCACCGUCGUCUGCCCCCGCCAAUGCGCAGCAGCAGCAACGCAACUGGUUUGUGGAGCUGACUCCCACGCAGCUUGAGAUGGUGCUCGGCGACUUGCACAGUAUGGCGCACCGAGUCUACCAGGUGGUCGCGAAGGAGUUGGUCGACGUGCCGUCCCUUCCCCUGUCUGGCGCGGAGGCGGAGGAGAACAACAGCCUCGAGUGGGGCCUCCCCGCUCGGUGGAGCUGCGUCGAGCUUCUUGGUUUUCUUAACAGCACGCGAGCGCUCCACCAAAUCAGCGACUUUGCCUUGACAAGUUGGGCGGUGGUGUACCCGCGCGACAUGGAACCGCCCAACGUGGCUGCCGCGAUGGCGGCGGACGGCCGUAACGUGUCACAGGCCCUGUCUAUCUUUCUGGGUGACGAUCACUCAAUGAAGAUCCACCACCACCAUUCCAACAAGAACAGUGUCAUUGCAAACGAGUUCAGCCAUGCGAGCCCUAGCGACAUCCCCAACACUGCUGCGGUACCACUCGCUGUCAUUAGUCCGUGGUCAUGCUUAACGGUUGACCUCCACCCCAUUCUGGGCAACGUCCACAGCGGCAUCAUAUACUCUCGCUUCAUGGUCGAGCACGAGCAGCGGCGACGCAUGCUCGCCUACUGCGCGGCCGCAGCAGGGCGUCGCGGUGGCGACGGCAUCGGCGGGGGUAGCGGGAACGAGGAUUCUUUUCUCUCGGUCCACUCGGGAGUCUCGACAUCGGCAGCGACGCUGCUCACUGGCGACGACUCCGCCCGAACAGGGUCGUUGCGCGACAGUUUCAACCUUCAGCUGCUCGAGGAGACUGCGCGGCGCAGCUGCUCCAACCUGCAUCUCUCUCUCGUCUACACCCCAUCCAAAGAGCCCGCAGUGCUCGCCGUAGCGAAGAAGAACAUCACUCUCGGCGACGUACUGUGGUGGGAGUCACUGAACUGUCGCGAAUACCUUUCCGCGCUCCUGUAG